UACACGAGUAUAUUAUAAAUACUGUAUUCUCAGCUAGAAGUUUACAUCAAAAUUCUCCAUAUUUUAUCAAACACUUUCAAGCAAAUUUCCUCAAAUCUUCAAAUUUUCCCCAAAUUUUCUCUCUCUCCAACCUCCCACAUUAAUGGCGGAUUCGCAAGAAAAGCUAAGGAACAUCUGCAUCUUAGCUCAUGUCGACCAUGGAAAAACAACACUUGCCGAUCAUUUAAUUGCUUCUUGUGGAGGCGGUGUUUUGCACCCUAAACAAGCAGGUAAAUUAAGGUUUAUGGAUUAUUUAGACGAAGAACAAAGAAGAGCAAUUACAAUGAAAAGUUCCUCAAUUUUACUCGAAUAUAAACAACAUUCAAUCAAUUUAAUAGAUUCACCAGGUCACAUGGAUUUUUGUAGCGAAGUUUCAACUGCUGCUCGAUUAAGUGAUGGUGCGUUAGUUUUAGUUGAUGCUGUUGAAGGUGUUCAUAUUCAAACUCAUGCUGUUUUAAGACAAGCUUGGGUUGAGAAACUUACACCAUGUUUAGUUCUUAAUAAGAUUGAUAGGUUAAUUUCUGAAUUAAAGAUGACUCCAAUGGAAGCUUAUAAUAGGUUGUUGAAGAUAGUUCAUGAAGUAAAUAAUAUAGUUAGUGCAUAUAAAUCUCAGAAAUAUUUGUCUGAUGUUGAUUCUAUUAUUGCUGUGUCAUCUGGUGAUUUGGGGGGUGAUGAGAAUCUUGAGUUGAUUGAAGAUGAUGAAGAAGAGAUGUUUCAACCUCAGAAAGGGAAUGUGGCUUUUGUUUGUGCUUUAGAUGGAUGGGGUUUUACUGUGGGUGAAUUUGCUGAGUUUUACGCUUCGAAAUUGAAGGCGAGUACUGCAGCAUUGAAGAAGGCGUUUUGGGGUCCUAGGUUUUUUAAUCCUAAGACAAAUAUGAUUAUGGGGAAGAAAGCAAUGGGAGGAGGAAAUAAGCUUCGUCCGAUGUUUGUUCAGUUUGUGUUGGAACCUUUGUGGCAGCUUUAUGGAGCGGUUCUUGAGCCUGAUGGUGAUAAGGGGAUGAUAGAGAAGUUGAUAAAGGCGUUUAGUUUGUCAGUGCCAUUACGCGAGCUUCAAAAUAAGGAUCCUAAAACUGUUCUUCAAGCUGUAAUGAGUCGUUGGCUUCCGCUUUCGGAUACUAUUUUGUCGAUGGUUAUUAGGUGUAUUCCUGACCCAGUUUCGGCUCAGUCAUAUCGAAUUCCCCGUUUGCUUCCAAAGAGGGAAGUUGUGGAGGAGGUAGCCAAGUCUGAGGUGUUUUCAGAGGCUGAAUUUGUGAGGAAGUGUGUGGAAAAUUGUGAUGCGAGCUCUGAAGUACCUACUGUUGCAUUUGUUUCUAAGAUGUUUGCUGUGCCUAGGAAGAUGAUUCCUCAAAUGGGUCCAGAUGGGGAGAUUUUGAAUGUUUUCAUUGAUGAGAAUGGAAAUAGUACGGAAUCAGAUGAAUGUUUUCUCGCGUUUGCUAGGAUUUUUAGUGGAGUUAUUACUUCAGGACAGAAGAUUUAUGUUCUUUCUGCUUUGUAUGAUCCACUGAAAGGGGAAACCACGCAGAAGCAUUUACAGGAAGCGGAGUUACAGUCAUUGUAUCUGAUGAUGGGCCAGGGGUUAACACCUGUUGCAUCUGCCAAGGCUGGAAAUGUGGUAGCUAUACGAGGACUUGGACAUCAUAUCUUAAAAAGUGCAACCCUUUCAUCGACUAAGAACUGUUGGCCUUUCUCGAGUCUGAUGUUUCAAGUUUCACCAAUGCUAAAAGUUGCCAUUGAGCCCUCUGAUCCAGCAGAUAUGGGUGCACUCAUGAAGGGCUUGAGGCUCUUAAAUCGCGCUGACCCAUUUGUGGAGGUUUCAGUCUCUUCUAGGGGGGAACAUGUGCUUGCUGCUGCAGGAGAGGUGCAUCUUGAGCGGUGCAUAAAGGAUUUAAUGGAUAGAUUUGCCAAGGUGAGAUUGGAAGUCUCUCCUCCUCUUGUCUCUUACAAAGAGACUAUUGAGGGUGAGGGACCUAGUUCAUUAGACAAUCUGAAAGUUUUAUUUGGAAAUACUGACUAUGUUGAAAAGACUACUUCUAAUGGAAGGUGCACUGUUAGAGUACAUGUUAUGAAGCUUCCAAAUGCACUUACUAAGUUGCUCGAUGAGAAUUCUGAUACGCUUGGGGAGAUUAUUAGUGGUAAACUUGGUCAGACCUACACGCAGUUGGAGUCCCAGAUAGGUUCUGUUGCUGAAGAUGCACAGCCACUUGAAGCACUCAGGAAACGCAUAAGGGAUGCAGUGGAAAGCGAUUUAGUUUCUGCAAUUGGUGAAAAUGACUCGGAUAAGAUUCAGAAGUGUAAGCUUUUAUGGGAGCAGCUUCUUGAGAGGAUUUGGGCUCUUGGUCCGGGGCAGGUUGGCCCUAAUUUACUUAUUACCCCAGAUUCUCAAGAAAAAAGUACAGAGAAUUCAAUAAUUGUCCCAGGAUUCUCCCAUGUAUCUGAAAAACUGGGGUUUAUAGAUGGUGCUAGAAGUUCUGAUUCUAUUGAGGAGGCAAAUCAAGUGCUUUAUGCGGAAGCUUCUAGUCUAGCAAGUAGUGUGGUAUCUGGAUUUCAAUUUGCUACUUCAGCUGGUCCUUUAUGUGAUGAACCUAUGUGGGGUUUGGCCUUCCUUGUUGAGGCUUAUAUUUCUCCAGCAGCUGUCCAGUCAAGCGAGUCUGAAGAUUCUGAGCAUGUAAUUGAGCAAUGUGGCAUGUUCACUGGUCAAGUGAUGACAGCUGUUAAAGAAGCAUGUAGAGCUGCUGUACUUCAGAAAAAACCUCGUCUGGUUGAAGCUAUGUACUUUUGUGAGCUAAACACUCCAGUUGAACAUCUGGGACCCAUGUAUGGCGUGCUUGCUCGAAGGAGAGCUCGAAUACUGAAAGAAGAAAUGCAGGAAGGUUCUCCUUUGUUCACAGUACAUGCUUACCUGCCAGUUUCAGAAAGCUUUGGUUUUGCUGAUGAGCUUAGAGAAGGGACUUCCGGUUCCUCAAGCGCACUUCUUGUUCUUAGUCAUUGGGAACAACUUAUGGAGGAUCCCUUCUUUGUUCCUAAGACAGAGGAAGAGAUUGAAGAGUUUGGAGAUGGUUCGAGUGUCCCUCGGAAUACAGCUCGAAAACUCAUUGAUGCUGUGAGGCGAAGAAAAGGACUUCCUGUAGAGGAAAAAGUUGUCCAACAUGCAACAAAGCAGAGGACCUUGGCUCGGAAGGUAUAAAAGUUGCUGCUUGUAGCACUUAUAGGAGAACAAAACUUGAUGUAUUUGUGUGUUUUAGAAUUAACGAUCAAUUCCCUAAUUUUGUUAGAUAUAAUUUUGGUUACAAGAGCUUAAAUUUUUUAUGUUCUUUUACGAAAAAGUUGAAUAUAUGUAAGAUAUUGUGUUUUGUGAUAAA